AUGUUUCUGAACCUUCUCUCUCAAGUAUCAUCCGCAAUUUUUCCUCAGGUCGAAGCCGCUCAAAAAAUGUCUAACCGCGCCGUUGCAGUUCUCCGUGGAGAUGUCGUGUCCGGAACUAUCUGGAUCACCCAGAAGUCCGAGAGCGAACCAGCAGUGAUCGAAGGAGAGAUCAAAGGACUCUCCCCAGGCCUUCACGGAUUCCACGUGCACCAAUACGGAGACUCGACCAACGGAUGCCUUUCUGCUGGACCACACUUCAAUCCAUUCGGAAAGACUCACGGAGGACCAAAUUCGGAGGUCCGUCACGUUGGAGACCUUGGAAACGUCGAGGCAGGAGCUGAUGGAGUUGCCAAGGUGCACAUUACAGAUAAACUCAUCACACUUUACGGACAAAACACUGUCAUCGGACGUUCCAUGGUUGUCCACGCAGGCGAAGAUGAUCUCGGAACAGGCGUUGGUGACAAGGCGGAAGAAUCGAAGAAGACCGGAAAUGCCGGUGCCCGCGCUGCCUGUGGAGUCAUCGCCCUCGCUGCCCCGCAAUGA